GUGAUCAUAAACUAUUCUAUCAGACUACAAGGCGUAACAACCCAGAAGAUAGUAACCUUCAAACACAUUGCCGUUAAAACCUCAAAUUCUUUAACUAAUAAGAUGCUGACUUCCGUUGUGGUGUUUACGUAAUUUACGUUGUCAUGAAAGUGAAGUGUUGAGUAAGUUAUCGUCCUAAAAUGGAAGGACGAGAUAGAAGUGAGCAUAUUCUGGCUCUGAAAGAAAAAUUCAUCUGUUGUGGAACUGUAUGACCUAACUGUAAAUACAUGACACAUGACCAGACUUAAAACACUGACUGAAGAGGGGUGACAUUUGAGCUUGAACCAGGGGAGGCUUCACUGCAUUAGUAUGAAAAGACAGUAGAGAAGUAUACUUUUUGAUUAAUGUGCACCAACCAUGAACAGAAGGAAACUCCAUGGCUGGAGUCUGUGGGGCCAAGUAUUUACAUCUAGUUUUCGCAUUUCUCUUGGUGAGAAAUAUGAUAAAUGAAUCUGGAAAACUGGGGUUCCCUCAUCCUGUAUGGUAGAAAGACCAAACCCCACAGCUACAAAAGUGGGUCAUCUUGAACUGAGACGUAGCCAGCACUGACCAGGAAAAGGCAAUAUGUUGCGUUGCCAAGUUUGUUCAAUGCGCAGAAUGCGUAAGCGGUCAGAUUGUAAUUGAGUCAAGUGCAGAGUGGGACUGUGUGUAUCCUUGCUUUGAAGAAUACCACACAGUACUUGAUUUAUAAUAAAUAGGACCAGCAAUGAAGAUAAAAAUUUGAUGAAUUUCUGUACACACUGAUGCGAUUGACGAGACCAACUUUGUGCAGUCCUGUUAUUGUUACCAGUGAUUCUAAAGACCUUCCUGGUAACCUUUUAAACAGUGACCUCAGGCAUGACAUUACAUCAGUUCCUGGUGUAGAAACUUUGUCUGCAGGACAGUUUCUUUUACUGCCUCAGAGUUUUGGGAAUAUCUACCUUGGUGAAACAUUCUCAAGUUAUAUAUGUGUCCACAAUGAUAGCAACGAAAUUGCAAAGCACGUAUCUGUGAAGGCUGAUCUCCAGACCACUUCGCAUCGCAUUCCACUAUCAGGUCAUCAGAUAGAAAGUGUUACAGCAGAGCUUCAUCCUCAGGACACAGUUGAUGAUGUCAUCCAUCAUGAAGUUAAGGAAGUUGGCACUCACAUUCUUGUGUGUGAAGUUAGUUACACAGCACCAACGCAGACUCAGCUCUCAUUUCGCAAAUUUUUCAAGUUUCAAGUUCUCAAACCAUUGGAUGUGAAAACAAAGUUUUACAAUGCUGAGGAUUUCAUAUCAGAUGAAGUGUACUUGGAAGCCCAAGUUCAGAACAUAACAACAGGCCCUAUCUGUUUGGAGAAAGUUUGUUUGGAAUCUUCUCAUCUAUUUCAUGUAACUGCAUUGAACACAACACUGGAUGAAGAAUCUGUUUUUGGCCAUGUUAAUGUGCUGCAGCCUCAGGCUAGUCAUCAGUUUCUGUACUGCCUUGCUCCUCAGGCCAGCCUGACUUCUGACCUGCGCCUUCUCAGUGGUGCUACCAACAUUGGAAAACUAGAUAUUGUAUGGCGAUCUAAUCUUGGGGAAAGAGGACGCCUGCAGACAAGCCAGUUGCAGAGAAUGGCCCCAGACUAUGGUGAUAUUAGACUUUCUAUUCAAGAACUUCCCAACAUUAUAUAUCUGGAGGAAGCCUUCACAUUCACAUGCAGGAUAAUAAACACAUGUGAGCGUUCAAUGGAUCUAUUGCUUACUUUGGAGCCAGCACAGUCUUCAGGCCUGGUGUGGAGUGGUGUGUCAGCCCGACAAAUGGGAAAGCUUGAACCUGGAGCAUCAGUAUAUUUACCCCUGUGUAUGGUGCCUUUAGCUGCAGGGUUACAGAAUAUAUCAGGAAUACGGCUUACAGAUGUAUUUUUGAAAAGGACAUAUGAUUAUGAUGACCUCGCCCAAGUGUUUGUUACACAAGCAUUCACAUAAAUAGAAUAUUGUCAUGUUGGAUUCCAUCUUGCAUUGUAACCAAUAAAAGAGUAAAUUAUUUGAACUGAAAAUAAAUUGAACAUAUUCACUCCCUGAUAAAACAUUUAGUUACUGAUGCAUGAUCAAAGAGUUCACACAUGCAUUCAGAAAUGUAUGACAUUUAUUCUGGUCUGCAGGUCUUAAUUUUA